AUGGCUCUAAUCAUCCUACUUGUUCUGAUCAUUCUCGCAAUAGCAGACGUUAACUCGAGCAAUGAAAUCAGCUCUAAUUCUUACAGUGCUUGUCCUGAAAAUGAAAAACAAGCACUUUUGGUCUUCAAAGAAGGCCUCAUAGAUGAUGCAAAUCGGCUUGCUUCAUGGGAUCCUCAUCAUCAUCCAGAUUGUUGCACCUGGUUUGGAGUUGUCUGUGGCAAUAUGACUGGCCACAUCCUCUCUCUCAACCUCUCACUUCCUCCUUUGGAUGAUACUGUUGACAUUGAUUCUUAUCUGAUGUCAAUGUUGAAAGGAAGUGAUUUUCAUGGACCCAUCCCAAAUUUUCUUCGAAACAUGACUUCCCUUAGACAUCUAGAUCUUUCAUAUAAUAAUUUCAAAUCUUCAAUACCUGAGUGGCUGUACCGUUUUAGCUCUCUCCAGGUUCUCAGUCUUUCUGCUAAUGAAUUGCAAGGUGAUAUUUCUAGUGCCAUUUUCAACAUUAGUACUCUCAAUGAAAUUGACCUCUCAUGGAAUGAUCUUGAAGGGAAGCUUCCAAGAGCCGUGGGAAAUCUUUGUAACUUGAGGUCAAUUGUUUUGUCAAGUGUGAGAUUGAAUCAAGACAUAUCUCAUAUCUUUGAGAUUCUGUCAGGUUGCUCUUCUCACAGGUUUGAAUCAUUGACCUUUGCAAGAAAACUUGCAAAUUUAGAAAAGGUUGAGAUUUACAAUAAUUUGUUGGAGGGUGUUGUUUCCGGAAAGCAUUUUGCUAAUCAUACCAAAUUGAGGUAUUUUGAAGGAUGGGACAACUCGUUGGUUUUGAGAGCCAACCCUUACCGGUUGAAUGCAACAAUAGGGACAAGAGUUCUUAGUCUUGCAAACAAUCUUUUAUCCGGAAAGAUACCGGAUUGCUGGAUCAAGUGGCAAUCUUUGCAAGUCCUACGAUUAGAUGGCAACAGAUUCACUGGUAAAAUUCCAAGCUCCAUGGGAACUUUGUCAGAACUUCAAUCCCUACACCUUCACAACAGGCUUCAUGGAGAAAUUCCUUUGUCACUGAAAAAUUGCAGGGAAUUGGUUGCAAUUAACCUUGGCAAGAAUGAACUAGAUGAUGGCUAG